ACUAUACUACAACACAAAAAGCAAUAGAAGACGCAAUAAAUGCAAAACUUCAAGAACUCUCUGAGAGCCUAAACUUAAUCUCAGAAGAAAUACGAAAUAUCUUCUGUCUACCUGAAACAUUCUUCAAAGAGCUACCUCAACUCCCUGAAACACCUUACGACCUUCCAAUAGAGAUGAAAUAUGCUUUCCCAAUGCGCACUAGAAGCCAACUCCAACAACUUCACUACCAU